AUCUCCCACUAGCCUUACAGGAGUCUGGUAUUGUACGCGUAUUGUCGGCGGUCACCACAUCGACCAGCAUGACGCCACGUGAUGGUGGGAUGACGGCACCGAUGGCAGACGUUGAACUGUGGCAGUUGACAGAGACAUGUACACAUUCUAGAAUACGUACCCCUGGGAGUGGCCAGCCUCAGCAUGAUCUAAUUUGUCCCAGACAUGGCCUCAGGCAAACAAAGGCCACCUGUGACAGUUAUGAGUCAUCUGCCCAGGUGUAACUACCAGGGUUCUAGGUGAUGAUUGCUGAUGCAAGUCGGCUAGAAUAGUCGACGUACAAAUAAAGAUCGCCUGACUUGGUUUAAUAUGUCAGAGGGCGUGGGGCAUGCUAUUCAUGUACUUGUAUGGAGUAUGUAUU